CCGUUCCUCGUCCUCCUCCUCUCGGCUAUCAUGUCGUACAUGCUUCCUCACCUGUGUUCGGGCUGGGCCGUCGAUCAGGCCAUCAUGACCGAAGGUGACCGCGUCGUCGUCAUGCGAUUUGGGCAUGACCAUGAUCCUGUGUGUAUGCAGAUGGACCAAGUGCUUGCGGGCAUUGCGGAGGACGUCAAGAACUUUGCCAUCAUCUACGUGGUGGACAUCACGGAGGUGCCCGACUUUAACACGAUGUACGAGCUCUACGACCCGUGCACCGUCAUGUUCUUUUACCGCAACAAGCACAUCAUGAUCGAUCUCGGCACGGGCAACAACAACAAGAUCAACUGGGCCUUCAACAACAAGGGCGAAAUGAUCGACAUCAUCGAGACCGUCUACCGCGGCGCGCGCAAGGGUCGCGGUCUCGUCAUCUCGCCCAAGGACUACUCGACCAAGUACCGCUACUAGACCCUUGGCCUCGUCGCCCGUAGCCACGACGCUGCUGCCCAAGCUAUCACUGUCGCCCACGCGUAGCUCAAUACACGUCGUGUUCUAUUUA